AUAUAGAGCGGCCGCCCGCGCCCGCGCCCGCCGCCGCGCCAUGACCUCCAGCGACAUCGCCGCGCCCGGCGCGCGCGCCGCAGACCCCGCGGCGCUGGUGGCGGCGCUGCACCUCCUGCCGGCGCCCACACCCAACCUGGAGCUCAAGUACACCAAGAUCUUCAUUAACAAUGAGUGGCAGAACUCGGAGAGUGGGCGAGUGUUCCCAGUCUAUAACCCAGCUACGGGCGAACAAGUGUGUGAAGUCCAAGAAGCAGACAAGGCAGACAUAGACAAAGCCGUGCGGGCAGCACGCCUGGCCUUCUCACUGGGCUCGACAUGGAGGAGGAUGGAUGCGUCAGAGAGAGGACGUCUGCUGGACAAGUUGGCUGACUUGGUGGAGCGAGACCGAGCGAUUCUUGCAACCAUGGAGUCCCUAAAUGGUGGCAAACCAUUCCUCCAAGCUUUUUACGUGGAUUUGCAGGGUGUCAUCAAAACCCUUCGGUAUUACGCAGGCUGGGCUGACAAAAUUCACGGAAUGACCAUUCCUGUAGAUGGAGACUACUUCACCUUCACAAGGCACGAGCCCAUCGGGGUGUGCGGACAGAUCAUCCCGUGGAACUUCCCGCUGCUGAUGUUUGCCUGGAAGAUCGCGCCUGCGCUGUGCUGUGGCAACACGGUGGUGAUCAAGCCAGCGGAGCAGACGCCCCUGAGCGCGCUCUACAUGGGAGCCCUCAUCAAGGAGGCUGGCUUUCCACCCGGAGUCAUCAACAUCCUUCCAGGAUACGGGCCCACGGCCGGUGCUGCGAUCGCUGCUCACGCUGGCAUAGACAAGAUCGCGUUCACAGGCUCCACGGAGGUUGGGAAGCUUAUCCAAGAGGCUGCUGGAAGAAGUAACUUGAAGAGAGUAACCCUGGAACUUGGAGGAAAAAGUCCCAAUAUUAUUUUUGCAGACGCAGACUUGGACCAUGCCGUGGAGCAGGCGCACCAGGGCGUGUUCUUCAACCAAGGCCAGUGCUGCACGGCGGGCUCCCGCAUCUUCGUGGAGGAGUCCAUCUACGAGGAGUUUGUGCGGAGGAGCGUGGAGCGGGCCAAGAGGCGUGUCGUGGGGAGCCCAUUUGACCCCACCACCGAGCAGGGCCCGCAGAUCGAUAAGAAACAGUACAACCGGAUCCUGGAGCUCAUUCAGAGUGGCGUGGCUGAAGGUGCCAAGCUGGAGUGUGGGGGCAAAGGGCUGGGCCGGAAGGGGUUUUUCAUCGAACCCACCGUGUUUUCCAACGUCACGGAUGACAUGAGGAUCGCCAAGGAGGAGAUCUUUGGACCUGUUCAGGAGAUCCUGAGGUUUAAGACUAUGGAUGAAGUUAUCCAAAGAGCCAACAGCUCGGACUUCGGACUGGUGGCCGCUGUCUUUACGAAUGACAUCAACAAGGCACUCACAGUGUCUUCUGCCAUGCAGGCCGGGACUGUAUGGAUCAAUUGUUACAAUGCCUUAAAUGCCCAGAGCCCCUUUGGGGGGUUCAAGAUGUCUGGAAAUGGGAGAGAAAUGGGAGAGCUGGGCUUGCGAGAGUACUCAGAAGUCAAGACCGUCACUGUCAAGAUCCCGCAGAAGAACUCCUAAGGGACCCGGAGGAGAGAAGACAACAGUUCGAGCUGCAAGCUGAUGCCCGGACAGAAGCCGGCUCUCCGUGUCCUUCUGUCGAAUGCCCUGCGCUCCCCCCACAGUGCAUCCAGCUGAACACACCCGUUCACCUGCUAGUUACCUUCCAACUGAGACAUCGAAUGUGAAGAUGGAGGUUUAUUUCUUUUCACUGACUUAAGAGGAAACCGGUGCUAGCAAUAAAGCAUUUAUAUUGUGUA